CUUUCUUUUAUGUUCCCUUUCUUCCUGUAUCUGGGAUCUCUGUGUCAUCUUCCUAUCGAUCGCCAUUGAUGGCGUCUUCAAGCUCCGGCAAUUACAUACCUGCGCCUGAGGCCGUGCAAGUUCUUGUGUCGUCUCUUGCGGAUGAGUCUCCCAUGGUCAGAGAAGCUUCUGCUGUUACUCUUAAAGAUAUAGCGGCUCUGAACCCACUUUUGGUUCUCGAUUGCUGCUCCACUGUCUCCCGUGGCGGCCGAAGAAAAUUUGGGAACAUAGCUGGAUUAUUUCAAGUUAUGUCUGUGGCAAUUCGAGCAUUGGAUAAAGAUGAUGUUGAUCCUCAGUACAUGGCAAAGCUUGCUAAAAUAGCAGUGGCUGAGAUCAUCUCCACUAAGGAACUUAAUGCUGAUUGGCAAAGAGCUGCAUCUGGUGUACUAGUUGCAUUAGGUUUACAUCUGCCUGAUCUUAUGAUGGAAGAAAUAUUUCUUCAUCUCUCUGGAUCUAAUUCAGCUAUUCCUGCCAUGGUUCAAAUACUCGCAGAUUUUGCUUCAUCCGAUGCUUUGCAGUUCACUCCACGACUCAAAGGUGUACUUACAAGAGUUCUGCCCAUUCUUGGAAACGUAAAAGAUAUUCACAAGCCAAUUUUCGCUAAUGCAUUCAAAUCUUGGUGUCAGGCCUGUUGGCAAUAUAAUGUCGAGUCGCCACUGUUUACAGCUGUAGAUGGUGAUGUUGUGUCCUUCCUCAACUCUGCAUUUGAGCUUCUAUUGAGAGUUUGGGCAACUUCACGGGAUCUCAAGGUCCGCAUAUCGACUAUUGAGGCAUUAGGCCAGAUGGUUGGCCUUGUUACCAGGACCCAACUGAAAUCAGCUUUACCAAGGCUUGUGCCCACUAUAUUGGAAUUGUAUAAGAAAGAUCACGAUGUUGCCUUUGUGGCUACAUGCAGUCUCCACUAUCUUUUGAAUGCUUCCUUACUUUCCGAAAGCGGUCCACCUUUACUUGACUUUGAAGAUCUUACUGUCAUAUUAUCGACACUUCUUCCGGUUGUUUGCAUCAAUAAUGACAGUAAACAACAUUCAGGUUUUUCAGUUGGACUGAAGAAAUGCCGGUUGAAAGAAGAACCUUUGACUUUUGGUGCCCUUUCUGUUCUCAAGCAUCUUUUACCUAGGUUGUCUGAAGUUUGGCAUGCUAAAAGGCCUUUGCUAGUUGAUGCGGUAAAAAGCUUGUUGGAUGAGGGUAAUUUGGCUGUCUGCAAGGCACUUUCUGAGUUAAUCGUUGUUAUGGCUUCGCACUGUUACUUGGUUGGUGCACCAGGAGAGUUAUUUGUGGAGUACUUGGUACGCCACUGUGCAAUGACAGAUGUGAACAGGGCAGAUAUUGAGACUUCAAAUGAUUUUGUUCGGUUGACUGGCUCCUUCAAUCCAUUCCUGCAAAGGAAACAAGAGAAUAUCACUUGUGAGUUGUCCCACAUCGUUUAUACAUGGAAAAUAGACCCACCUUAUAAGUCUAACGGGCUACUCCUCCUUCCACCAAUUGGUUUUGGGAUGGAACCCCACUUGGGCUUCAUAUGGGCUUUCCCUGUUUGUGCGCUUCAUCUGUGGUGCGCUUAUAAGUCUAUGGUAAAUGUUGGAGGUAUAUGUCCAACAGAUCUACGUGAAGUGUGUGAAAAAGGUCUUCUUUUGAUAACCGUCACCAUUCCUGAGAUGGAGCAUGUGCUUUGGCCAUUUUUGUUGAAAAUGAUCAUACCACGGGUUUACACUGGUGCAUUAGCAACGGUGUGCAGAUGCAUCUCAGAAUUAUGCAGAAAUAAACACACUCAAAGUGAUAUGAUCCUUUCCGAUUGUAAAGCACGUGCUGAUAUUCCAAAUCCUGAGGAUCUUUUUGCACGUCUUGUGGUGCUACUCCACAAUCCAUUGGCAAGGGAGCAGCUAGUGACUCAAAUUCUAUCCGUCCUGCUUCACUUGGCCUCUCUAUUUCCGAAGAAUAUCAUCUUAUUUUGGCAAGAUGAGAUUCCCAAAAUGAAGGCCUAUGUGAGUGAUCCAGAAGACCUAAAGCAAGAUCCAUUUUAUCAAGAAACUUGGGAUGACAUGGUUAUUAAUUUCGUUGCAGAAUCGUUGGAUGUGAUUCAGGAUGUUGAUUGGGUGAUUUCUCUAGGAAAUUCUUUUGCUAAACAAUAUGAACUUUAUUCAUCUGAUGAUGAGCAUGCUGCACUGCUUCACAGGUGUCUUGGUAUUUUGCUGCAGAAAGUACACGACAGGACCUAUGUUCGGGAUAAGAUUGAUUUAAUGUACAUGCAAGCUAACAUUGCUUUGCCGGUGAAUAGGCUUGGUUUGGCAAAGGCCAUGGGAUUGGUUGCUGCGUCCCACUUGGACACAGUUCUGGAUAAGCUAAAAGACAUUCUUGAUAAUAUUGGUGAUGGUAUCUUCCAAAGGAUUUUGUCAUUCUUUUCUGAUAGAGGCAAAAUGGAAGAAUCAGAUGAUGUUCAUGCCGCUUUGGCACUUAUGUAUGGGUAUGCUGCAAAAUAUGCCCCAUCAACAGUUAUUGAAGCCAGAAUAGAUGCACUUGUGGGUACCAAUAUGCUUUCACAUCUUCUUAAUGUACGGCAUCCUACAGCAAAGCAGGCAGUCAUCACGGCCAUUGAUUUACUAGGUCAAGCUGUCAUUGGCGCUGCUGAAAGUGGCACAUCAUUUCCGUUGAAAAGGAGAGAUGUACUUCUUGACUACAUAUUGACUUUAAUGGGUAGAGAUGAUGAAGAUGGGUUCUCUGAUUCUAACCUGGAGCUCCUGCACACUCAGUCCCUUGCUUUAAGUGCUUGUACUACUUUGGUAUCUGUGGAGCCAAAAUUGACCAUUGAAACGAGGAACCUUGUAUUGAAGGCUACUUUAGGGUUCUUUGGUUUACCAAAUGAACCGCCUGAUGUUAUCGAUGGUCUCAUACACAACCUUAUUACUCUUCUCUGUGCAAUCCUUGUUACAAGUGGAGAGGAUGGAAGAAGCCGAGCAGAACAGUUGCUGCAUAUCUUGAGACAGAUUGAUCCAUACGUUUCCUCCUCUGUUGAAUAUCAGAGAAAAAGAGGUUGUUUUGCAGCCUAUGAGAUGCUUCAUAAGUUUCGGACUGUAUGUGUUAGUGGAUACUGUUCACUUGGCUGCCAAGGAACUUGCACUCACAACAAAAGGAUAGACCGUGCUUCGACUUGCAAUUUUAGCAAUUUACCAUCUGCAUUUGUAUCACCAAGUCGUGAUGCUUUGUGUUUGGGGGAGAGGAUAAUGGUGUAUCUCCCACGCUGUGCAGAUACAAAUCCUGAAGUUAGAAAAACCUCUGCUCAGAUCCUUGAUUUAUUUUUCAGUAUAUCUCUUUCGUUACCGAAAUCUACACCUGGACUUGAUAUUGAACUGUGCUACAGUGCUCUGUCAGCUCUUGAGGAUGUUAUUGCCAUCUUGAGGAGUGAUGCAUCCCUUGAUCCGUCUGAGGUCUUUAACAGGGUUGUUUCCUCUGUAAGCAUAUUAUUCACUAAGGACGAGCUGGUAGCUGCUUUACACGCUUGCUCAGCAGCUAUAUGUGACAGGGUCAAACAGUCUGCUGAAGGUGCUAUUCAAGCUGUGAUUGAGUUCAUUACAGAGAGGGGUAGGGAGCUAAAUGAGGCCGAAAUCGCUAGGACGACCCAAUCUUUGCUUUCGGCUGCCAUUCAUGUUACUGAGAAGUACCUACGUCAAGAAACAUUUGGAGCUCUGGAAGUUAACUGUAGGAUCCAGGAAAGUUUCCUCAACUGUUUAAAGAUCUCUUCUCUUGCUGAGAGUACCAGCUCAAGAAUCGUUUUCGAUGAAGUGUUGGCUGCUGCUGAGAGAGAUAUAGCCACGAAAGAUGUGUCUAGAUUGCGUGGCGGCUGGCCAAUACAGGAUGUAUUUCAUACAGGCCGACUACUUAGUGUAGAGUGUAGAACCAGCUCCAUUGAAAAGGCACAUAUGGCUGUCUAUUUAUGCUUCUCCGUCUUCCUGUUGCAUGCUGAAUUGCUUGUCGAACCUCUGUGCCAUGCAUUUUCCCAGCAUGCAGUUCUUUCCUAUUCGUUUCUGGAGCAUGUAACCUCUAUCCUCAAUCAGACUCCUAUCGUUCAAGGUGAUUCUUGGAAGGGAGAGAAUGUCAGCAAUUUUGGUGAAAGCAUUGUAGAGGAUAAUCUAUAUCAUGCUGCUGUCAUAGCUCUUACUGCCUUCUUCAGAGGUGGAGGUAAAGUUGGAAAAAAAGCCGUGGAGCAAAAAUAUGGUUCUGUCCUUGCAACUCUUGUGCUUCACUUGGCAAGUUGUCAUAGUUUAUCUAGUUCUGGCCGGCAUGAACCAUUGCGCGCACAACUGGUUGCAUUUAAUGCAUUCUGUGAAUGUGUCGGUGAUCUGGAAAUGGGGAAGAUUCUGGCAAGAGACAGAGAACAAAGUGAGGAGGACACUUGGAUUGGUCUGAUUGGGGAUCUGGCUGGUUGCAUUUCCAUUAAAAGGCCAAAAGAGGUAUCUACGAUUUGUUUGAUUCUUUGUAAGUCACUGGAUAAAUCCCUAAGAUACUUGAGGGAAGCUGCAGCAGCUGCACUCUCCGAGUUCGUGCGCUUUAGUGAUAGUUUUGGUUCCUUGUUGGAGCAGAUGGUUGAAGGACUGACUCGACAUGUUUCCGAUGAUUCUCCAAAUGUUAGGCGCCUUUGUUUAAGAGGACUUGUGCAGAUGCCACUAGUCCAUGUUGUCCAGUUUAAUACGCAAAUUCUCAGCGUUAUAGUUGCUUUGCUUGAUGAUCCUGAUGAAUCAGUCCAGCUUACUGCUGUCUCUUGUUUGCUGACGGUUCUUGGAUCUUCUUCUGCUGCUGCAGUGGAGCCCGUUCUGCUUAGUCUUUCAGUUCGGCUUCGUAAUCUUCAAAUAUGCAUGAAUGGAAAAAUCCGGGCCAAUGCAUUUGCAGGAUUUGGAGCCUUAAGCAACUACGGGUUUGGGCUACAACGUGACGCGUUUCUUGAGCAGGUUCAUGUUGCUUUUCCACGCUUGGUGUUACAUCUCCACGAUGAUGAUCUUGGUGUGAGACGGGCUUGCCAGAGCACUUUUAAAUGCAUUGCUCCAUUGGUUGAGUUUGAUGGUAUGGUUGCUCUUGCCAGUACACAUCGAUUUGUUUCUGAUCAUAGAGGCGAUUAUGAGGACUUUCUGAGAGAUAUUGCAAGGCAAAUUACUCUGCAUAUGUCAUCCAGGAUUACUACAUACUUGGCAUCUAUUAUCCAGGCUUUCGAGGCUCCUUGGCCGGUAAUUCAAGCAAACGCCAUCUACUUGUGCAGCAGUAUAAUUUCUUUCUCAAGCGAUCAACAUAUUUCCGCCCUUUACCUCAGCCAGGUGUUUGGAAUGUUGAUUGGAAAGACUAGCCGUUCGACGGAUGCUAUUGUGAGAGCAACGGGCUCUUUGGCCCUUGGUUUGUUACUAAAAUCAGCCAAAUCAAGUUCUUGGAAAGCCGCCAGAUUGGAUCAAGUCGAUUUAAGUUUGAUGGGACGUGAAAUGGAAUCUUCUAGAAGGUUUUGAUGUAUCUGUGUUCGAUUAAAACUUUUUUUAUUUCAAUGACUGUGAAGAUCUGAGUGUUUAUAUAAUUUGUUCGACAAGUUUAUGUGCGUGUAUCGUGUAUAUUGGAGGUGUAAAGCAGUUCUAACUUGAGACAUGACAAUUGUUUGUAGCUUUGUAAUAUUGUCCUGUGCAGCAAGUAAGUGCUACCACUGUUUUCUUUUUGGACAUUCGUACUGUGUAUUCAGCAAAAUGACAAAUGCUCUUUACUAAUACUAAAUA